AAUUACUAAAAAUUACUAAAAAUUUUGAAAUUUAUAAUUAUUUUAUUUGUCAUCACACAUUUUGUUCUCAAAUAUUCUUUCGCGUGUCAGUAAUAUUGUAUAAGAAGUAGAUAUCAGGUUACAGUUAAACUGACCUGGCAGGAAAAACCUGAAAAAACGGAAACCAUUUAUUUGCAGACUGUGAAACUAAUAGAAUGCGAGAAGAAGGUGAUCUUGAACCAGUUUAAUUGAAAUCUGCAGUCUUGUGUCAUGUGUAUCAUAUUUAUUUUGGCUUUGAGCUACAUAGGAUAUUCGUCCGCACUUGGAGAAGAAUGUCAAACUCGAGGUAGACCAGGUACUUGCCAAAGAUUCAGCAACUGUUCAUAUGCUAUCAGAUUAGUACUACAAAAUGAUAGACCCGAUAUAUGCGAAUUUGAAGGAAUAGAACCUAUAAUUUGUUGUCCAAUUCAGUUGGCAAUCAUACGAACAUCAAGCGAACCUACGUUGCAUAUUGAUAGACCAAUCACACGUUCACCUUUAACAGAUGACGUACCUUUAAGUAUCAGACAAUGUCUAAAGUACCAUCCCAAGUCCGAUUUUUUCAUUGCUGUUUCUGGGGGAGAAAAAUCUUUACCCCAGCAGUUUCCACAUAUGGCAGCAGUGGGCUUCGAUGAAGAAAACGCUAAGCAAUGGCUAUGUGGUGGAUCAUUAGUUAGCAAAAAGUUUGUGAUCACGGCUGCACAUUGCUUAUCUUCUAUUCAAUAUGGGAACGCAAAAUGGGUACGUCUAGGCGAUUUGGACUUAUCAACGACUGACGAUGAUGCAAUGCCUCAAGAUUUUACUAUAAUACGAAGAAUAUCGCACCCAGAUUAUCAACCACCUGCAAAGUAUCAUGACAUAGCAUUGUUAGAGCUGGAUCGUAUUGUGUCUUUUACUCUAUACGUAUCUCCAGCUUGUUUGCAAACUACAACAAUAAUUAAUGAAACUGAGCUAACAGCGACAGGUUGGGGUAAGACGUCAUUUUUAGGAGAUGCUAGUACUCAUUUGAUGAAUGUUGAUCUUAAAGAAAUUGAUGAGAUAUCUUGUAACAAACUAUAUGAAACAACCACAACAAGACUUUUACCAAAUGGAAUUACAGGCCAAAUGCUAAUUUGUGCUGGAGGAGAUGGAGGAAAAGAUACUUGCUCUGGAGACUCUGGUGGUCCUCUUCAAGUUAAAAACAAGGGAAUGUCUUACAGUAGAGUUGAAGUUCACACAUUAGUCGGUGUAACAUCGUUUGGAAAAGCUUGUGGACUUGGAAAAACUGCUGGAGUAUAUGCAAGAAUAUCUUAUUAUGUUGGAUGGUUAGAAAGUAUUAUAUGGGCAAGUGAGGAAGAUUAAAAUGAAUUAUACAGACUGAAAUAAAAAAAAAUUUGAUUACUUUGUUAGUUUCAAUAUUUGUUGGCACAAUU